AUGGCAAAAAAACGGAAGAGACCCGGCCGGCCCACUUCUCAGCCUCAAACAACCACUUCCCCCCGUCGUUUCACCCCUGCCGCACGAAACAGCUAUCCAACCCACCCCGUCAUCUCGCUGUACUACCGAGAUGUCUUCACCCUGCGCCAAUAUUUAUUACGCCGCUUGCCCCUUUCCUCAAAACUUCGCCGCCGACGCAUCGCCUCUCUAGGUGUUGCGUCGGACUCGGAAGCCACUAAUGAUCCCAUCUCCCACCCAUUGGUUGAUCUACUCGAUACCACUGUGGUCGGUGUGUUCAAGCAGCCCUCGCCGAAACUCGCCUCCGAACGCCAUCAGGCCUAUCGCGCCUUCACCCAGUCCCAAUCGCGCUCCAUUCUCGUGAGCACGGACACUGGGCCGGUCGCCCCCCAAUCUGAGCUCAUUGACUAUGUGAUAUCAAGCAUUUUCAGAGAUCAAUCUGCUUAUUUUGGUCCGCGGCAUGUGCUGGCGCAUGGCUUCCAACACGCGAGCGAGAUUUCGGUUGAUAGUGGUAUUCCUGGUGUAGCCAUCCAAUUCCGUAACCGAAAUGUUGAGGCAUUGAAGCAGACGCCAUGGGCGGAUGUUCUGGGACUGCUAGGUCGGAAUGGAGAGGAAAUUAUGAUCCAUCUUCUACUUGACUGCGGGAUCUUUGUUCCUUUGGAUGCGUCAAAGGGUAUUUUUUAUCAACUAAGCGGACUCCCAUUGUCGGGCUUAGAGAAAAUCGACCAUUUGACUUCGUCCACGGCCAAGAAACCAGCGGCAGUCCUCGGGUCGUCGAAAAUCAAGCAUCCAAGUCUCGGCGGUCGCGUCGAGAGACGCUCCCCAAAUACCAUAAUCUUCCUCCGUCGCCGUGUUCUUUAUUGUAGACUAGCCGGGGAUUCAAAGCAAAAGUUGCCCUUUGGGCUAGGAAGCAGUCAUGUUCUCAACCGCUUCUCAUCAUUGGAAUCGACCAAUGAGACGAUCCAUUUCAUGAAAUAUCUUUUCCCUCGACAAUUCGGCUUAGACAAUGUCCUCACUGUCUCGGGCGACCGCAAUAACAAAAGCCAACCACAAACUCAUGAGUUUCGUGAAAACGAAAUUUCUAAACACGACGAUGACCGGUACCAUCGGCUGUCGGGCCCUGGGCAGGGCCGUACACCUACAAGUACCAGAAAUCAACAAUCUUCAAAACUGCCUCGGCGCCUUCGAGGCCAAGCUCUAGCUUUGGCUCAAAAACUCCGAGUCCGCCAUAGUCGAUGUUCAUAUGGCGCGCUGCUUCAGCACUAUUGUCCGGUUGAUUCAAAUGGGCCUUGGAGACUUCCUGUCUGCCCUGAGGAUAAAGAGCCAGGAUCUUCUACCGAAGAAUCUUUGGUUACACAACCUCAGUCUAAAUCAUCGGCGACGACUAAACUUUCUGUCAAACUUGAACUCAAGAAUUUGACAUCCCAGCCAGGCGACACGAUUGGUCCGAAGAAUCAGGAUAAGAAAGAAAACUUUCAGUCACUGCAGCCGCCCAGGUCCAGUGUUACAGACUAUGCGACCCCUGCCGCUGCUGUCUCGGCCUUCUGUCGAGCUGUGCUGCAAAAGGUGUUGCCUCUACAGUUCUUCGGGGAUGGGGUUGAGGGCGAGUCAAAUCGCAGUAUUGUGCUGAAACAUGUUGAUGCAUUUAUCAAAAUGCGUCGGUAUGAGAAUAUCAGUCUGCAUUCCGUAUGCAAGAACAUCAAGGUCACCGCAAUACCCUGGAUGAUACCACCCAAGCUGCAAGGCCGACCUACCGAGACCAAGCAAAACGUUUCCCUGUCAGAUUUCCAGAAACGCACAGAACUAUUGCACGAGUUUGUGUACUAUGUCUUCGACUCAAUCGUCAUUCCCCUAAUUCGCACCAACUUCUACGUCACGGAGUCUCAAACCCACCGUAAUCGACUUUUCUUUUUUCGCCAUGACGUUUGGCGACAUUUGAGUGAACAACCUUUGGCAGAUCUAAAAGUGAAGACAUUUGAGAAGAUAGACCCAGACUCAGGCUCAGGUCAGCAAAGAAAACAGUAUCUUGGAUAUGGGUCACUUCGUCUACUCCCAAAGUCUACAGGCGUGCGGCCGAUCCUUAAUCUGGGAAAAAAGGUACUCCGAGAGUAUGUCAAGAAUGGGAAGAAACGGGCGUACUAUGUUUCCAUCAACAGAACCAUCACCCCAAUAUCUAAUAUGUUGAUGUACGAGCGCCAGCGAGAUCCCAGAAAGGUUGGGUCUUCUCUGAUAUCCAUGGGUGACUUGCAUCCGCGCCUCAAAGCUUUCAAAGAAAGGCUUAAUGGUCGUUCAUCCAUCUUGCACAACAAGCCCACCAUCUCGCAGAAGCUGUAUUUUGUGAAAUUGGAUAUUCAAGCCUGUUUCGACAACAUUCCCCAGAAGCGGCUUCUACGUCUCAUCACGGAUUUGGUUACAGAGGAAUCCUAUCGGAUCACCAAGCAUGUUGAAAUCAAGCCGUCUGUGAAUGGUGCCCAGGGCAAACCAUUUCGCAAAUGGGUAGGCCGUGCUGCGCCGCUGAAGCAACAACAACAUCUACCCGAUUACCUUGCUAGUGAGAAUCAAAUUCAAAAGCCAAACACAGUCUACGUCGAUGACAACGAACAAAAGAUCCAAGACGCUGACUGGCUAUUGAAUCUCCUUGGUCAACAUGUUCAAAACAACCUAGUCAAGAUCGGCAAAGAGUACUUUCGACAGCGAAACGGUAUUCCCCAAGGCUCCGUCUUGUCCAGUCUGCUUUGCAAUUUCUUCCUAGCCGACCUGGAACGCCAUUCCCUAGGCUUUCUGCAGCCUACAGACUCCCUCCUCAUGCGAUUCGUCGACGACUUUCUACUUGUCACUACGGAUGUCAAUCAAGCUAUGCAGUUCCUACACACCAUGCUCGACGUUGACCCAUCCUACAGCGUCGUAGUCAAUCCGUCCAAAAGCCUGGUCAAUUUCACAGCAUCAAUAGGCGGCACCCACAUCCCCCGCCUAGAAGGAUCAACCCGCUUCCCAUACCUAGGCUGUCUCAUCGACACGCACACCCUAGAAAUCCACCAAGACCAAGACCGCGCCCUGGAAGGCGGCGACCUCGCCGCUACCGCCCUUUCAAACUCCCUGACAGUCGAGACGAGCGCUCUACCGGGUCACACUCUAAGACGAAAAGUCCUCGCUUCUUUCCGACAGCAGAUGCACCCCAUGUUCAUCGACGACACGCAUAACUCCCGCUCCGUCGUCCUUGGAAAUCUAUAUUCGCGCUUUGUCACGGUCGCUAUGAAAAUGUAUCGCUAUAUGAAAUCUCUACAGGGUCGGUCUCAUCCCAAACCACCCAUCAUCAUCCAAACCAUUCACACCCUCAUGCUGCGGGCCAUUGCAAUGAUUGAGGAGCGCCGGUCGUCCUCUGGAUCAACGACAACCGGGACCACAGCACUGUCCUGCUUUGUCACGUUCUCGCAGGUGAGGUUUCUCGCGGCGUCUGCUUUUCGCUUUGUCUUGAAGCGGAAACAGACUCGAUACGGGGCUGUGCUGAAGUGGUUAGACGCGCAGUGGAGGGAUUCGAGGCCGGUUACGGAUCGGGAGGCUGUUAAGAUGGCGCUCGUUGUUCAGAGGGGCAAUGCUUUGUUUGAAGAAUGGCGCUUCUAG